AAUGUCAAGAGAUAUACAAUCGACAGCCAAAGUCUACAUAAGCGACCUGUGGUUCAAAAUGAAGAGAACCAAACAAAUUAAUAGACAAACAGAUCUAAUGGAGACACAGUUACGUAGAUGUCUGUCCACGUUUGAUAUAGUAUUGAUGGGCAUCGGCCAUAUGGUUGGGUCAGGUGCCUAUGUGCUGACCUCAUCGGUUGCCCGUAACAUAUCUGGUCCGGCAAUUGUACUAUCAUUUAUCAUAUCAGGUAUCGCAUCGUUUCUCAAUGCGCUCAGUUAUGCCGAAUUUGCCGGCCGUUUUCCAAAAUGUGGAUCAGCCUAUUCGUAUGCUUAUCUAGCACUGGGCGAAAUAUGGUCGUUCAUUGUCGGCUGGAAUAUGGUGCUUGAAAAUGUUAUCGGAACGGCAGCUGUCAGUAGGGCCUGUUCGGCCUACAUCGACUCGCUAAUGAACGGCCAGAUACGUAACUAUACGCUGGCAUCGUUGGCCUCGUCCAUAGGACUCAACUAUUUUUCAUCGCACGUCGAUCUGUUUGCGUUCACUAUUGUUAUCGUAUUGAUUGUAUUCAUGACCACCGGUGUCAAGAUUACCUCCUACUUGAACAACGUAUUCUCCAUUAUCAACAUUGCAGUCAUACUGACCAUCAUUGUUGUUGGCCUGUAUUUUGCCGACAUUGACAACUGGCUGAACGCACCGAACGGUUUUAUGGCCUACGGCUGGAGCGGUGUGUUUGCCGGUAGUGCCACAUGUUUUUACGCCUAUGUCGGAUUUGAUUCAAUAAGCAGUUCCGGUGAAGAGGCCCGCAAUCCUAAGAGAUCCAUACCGUUGGCAACGUUUAUAUCAAUGACAUUUGUUACGCUAUCCUAUGUGGCCGUAUCGGCUGUCCUGACACUGAUGAUACCCUACAAUGAAAUUAAUGCCGAAUCCGGACUACCCGAUGCUUUCGGCUCGCACGGAGCCGUUUGGGCCAAACUGGUGGUUAUAGUCGGUGCAUCGUGCGGUAUGGUUACCGUACUUAUCGGUACAAUGUAUUCGCUAACCCGAAUAGUCUAUGCCAUGUCCGACGACGGGCUACUGUUUUCGUGGAUGGGAUCAGUCAAUCAGCGGACACAGUUACCUUUGAAUGCAAUGUAUUUUUUUGCAUCACUGGGCGCAUUGAUGGCACUGUUCAUCGAUAUAACAACACUCAUCGAAAUGAUGUCCAUCGGUACGCUGAUUGCCUAUCUGGUGGUCAGUGCAUCGGUAAUAGUGAUCCGCUACGAGCCGACACUACAGCAGGACGACCAGUUGGUCGGCGGUGGCGGUCAUUAUCAUCAUCAGCAGCAACAGCCCGGUAUCGGCCAAUAUCACGAUACUAUGGCCAACAAUCAAGAGCUGAACGACCUAUCGGUCGACUCGAGCGGCGGCGGUGGCGUCGGUGCCGGUGAAGCCAACAAACUGAUCGACGAGUUGGCCACCGCUGAAACCGAUUCGCUCGGUUCGUCAUCGCAUAGUCGACGACAAAAUACUUUAUUAAAUUUGAUCCGUUAUUACGAUUGUCGCGAUUAUCUUCGGCUGGCUAUAGCCAGAUAUGCACCGAAAUCCAUGGUAUCCAUAGCUGUCCUGUUUCUAGUGGUUCUGCUAUUUGUUUUUUGUCUGUCAAUCAAACACUUUAAUCGGACAAAUCACUAUACAUUUCAGAAACAAAAUAUGGUACCCCUUGGAGGCGAUACAUAUAAAGUACCAUUGGUACCCUUGGUACCUGUAUUGUCCAUAUUUUUUAACAUUGGUUUGAUGAUCAAUUUGCAAACAUUAACCUGGCUUAGGCUUAUAGUUUGGAUGAUUGUUGGUCUAUUUGUAUAUUUUUGUUACGGCAUAAAUCAUAGCAAAAUUGAUAACAAUUUCAAACAAUUGCAAUCAAUUAAUUCGGAAAAUGUCCGCAAAUGGGGAUCACUUGACGAUAACGUGUCCAUGUCUUCAGCUUAUUGA